UUCUCCGACUCUGUCUUAAUUUUGAUUUUCUUGAUCAUAUAUCCUCUGUAUUGACAAGAGUCGAGAAGAGAAAGAGGAAAUAGAGAUGGAUCAAAUAAUGGGAAAGGUUGGAAGCUUAUGGUUUAGCAACAAAGCAAGCAAGGAACUUGGCUACGUUGGUAAUGAAAUUACUUCAAUGCAAAACAGCAUAGAAGGAGGAGCUAAAUGGUUGGUUAAUAAAGUGAAAGGUAAAAUGCAAAAGCCAUUGGUAGAAUUGUUAAAAGAAUAUGACAUGGCAAUUGGUAUUUUCCCAAAAGAUGCAACCAACUACGAGUUCGACGAAGAUACACAUAAACUAGUCGUGCACAUACCAUCUGUUUGUGAAGUCGGAUACAAAGACUCAUCUGUCUUGCGAUUCAACACGACGGUGACCGGGAUUCUAGUCAAAGGAAGCUUAAGCAAUAUGGAAGGAAUCAAAACAAAGGUGAUGAUUUGGGUGAAAGUUUCUAAUAUAUGCACGGAAGGCGCAUCAAAAAUUCAUUUCACAGCUGGAUUGAAGAGAACGAGAAGUAGAGAGGCUUAUGAGGUGAUCAGAGAUGGAGUGGGUACCGAUAAGUUUUAAUCUAAUUUUUUUGUGAUUUUUCUAUCCACUAGUGCAAACUGAUUAAAAAUCUAAAACUUGUGAGUUAUUGCUAUUAGCAGUUCAGUUACAAAAUACAAUAAGAAACUGAUAUUGCAAAAAAAAAAAAAACUUAGACAGCACAGAAGAUGCUGACAAUCAGAUCUAAAUAGUAGCAGAAUGGGUGUGUCUUGUAUUGAAACAAUCUAGUCUUGCCAUUACUGGAAGGUAAGGUUUGAAUUUUGAA